AUGAAUCGCUUGCAACUCAAUCGUUUGAUUACACCAUUAAGUCGAAUUAAGCAACAUGGCUAUAUUUUUGUUGCGAAUCAAUCAACAGCUGCUAAAAAGGAACCGGAAAAACUUGAAGUGUUUGUAGAUGGUAAACCAAUUCAUGUUGAACCUAACACUACCGUUCUUCAAGCUUGUGCUGAAGCUGGUGUUGAAAUUCCACGUUAUUGUUAUCACGAACGAUUAUCGAUUGCUGGUAAUUGCCGAAUGUGUCUUGUUGAAAUAGAAAAAACACCUAAACCAGUUGCAUCAUGUGCAAUGCCUGUUAUGAAAGGCAUGCGGAUAUUAACAGAUUCACCGCUGACGAAGAAAGCACGUGAAGGUGUCAUGGAAUUUUUGCUUGUCAAUCAUCCACUUGAUUGUCCCAUUUGUGAUCAAGGUGGUGAAUGUGAUUUACAGGAUCAAUCAAUGAUGUUUGGUAGUGAUCGUUCACGUUUUACAGACAAUCAGUUUUCGGGUAAACGAUCUGUAGAGGAUAAAAAUAUCGGACCACUCGUUAAGACAAGUAUGAAUCGUUGUAUUCAUUGUACACGGUGUAUCAGAUUUGGCAGCGAAGUAGCUGGUGUAAGUGAUCUGGGAACCACUGGUCGUGGCAGUGAUAUGGUCAUUGGUACAUAUGUUGAACGUUUAUUUAUGUCUGAAUUAUCUGGAAACGUUAUUGAUUUAUGUCCUGUCGGUGCAUUAACAUCGAAACCAUAUGCAUUUACAGCUAGACCAUGGGAAACAAGAAAAUCGGAAUCUAUUGACGUGAUGGAUGCACUGGGAAGCAACAUUGUUGUUCAUACAAGAAGCGGAGAUGUACUUCGUGUUAUUCCGCGUAUUAAUGAAGAUGUGAAUGAAGAAUGGAUAUCAGAUAAAACACGUUUUGCAUAUGAUGGUUUAAAACGGCAACGUUUAACAGCACCAAUGUUAAAAAAUCGUGAUGGAUAUCUAACACCAUGUGAUUGGGAAGAUGCAUUAAGUGUUGUCGCUGAAAAGAUUGGUCGCUCAACCGGUUCAAAGAUGGCCGCACUAGCUGGCCGUUUUUGUGAUGCUGAAGGAUUAAUCGCAUUGAAAGAUUUCAUGAAUCAAUUAGGAUGUGAAACAGUUUGUGUGGAAGAGUUAUUUCCAAACGUUGGCGCUUCAACGGAUUUGAGAAGCAAUUAUUUAUUCAAUGGCACCAUUGCCGGCGUUGAACAUGCUGAUCUGGUCCUGUUAGUAGGAACAAAUCCACGUUAUGAAGCAUCAGUUUUGAACGCAAGAAUACGAAAAGCGUGGACACACAACGAUUUACGAGUAGCCGUAAUAGGUCCAAAACUUGACUUGACAUACACAUAUGAUCAUUUAGGUGAUAGUACAAAAGUAUUAGCAGAAUUGUCAAGUGGAAAGCAUGCAUUUUCAAAAAUUCUGAGCAGUGCAAAACGACCAUUGAUUAUUCUUGGUAGUGCAAUGUUUCAACGUCAAGAUACAGAGUCAGUUUAUGCAGCCACUGUGUCAUUAGCAAACAAAUUACGUUCAUCGCUUGCUGAUGAGAAUAAAGAAUGGCGUAUUUUCAAUGUUCUCCAUCGAUAUGCAUCACAAGUAGCAGCUUUAGACCUUGGUUAUAAGCCUGAUGUUAAAUCAAUUAUUGAAUUAAAACCAAAAAUAUUAUAUUUAUUUGGUGCUGAUGAAGGUCUUAUUAAACGUCAGGAUUUACCGAAUGAUUGUUACAUAAUUUAUCAAGGUCAUCAUGGCGAUCGUGGUGCAUUAAUGGCAGAUGCAAUUCUGCCUGGAGCCGCUUACACAGAAAAACAGGGCAUAUAUGCCAACACCGAAGGUCGUGCACAACAAACGCGCCUUGCUGUAACACCACCAGGCAAAGCAAGAGAAGAUUGGAAAAUUAUUCGAGCUUUAGCUGAAGUAUGUGGUUUGACAUUGCCCUACAAUGAUAUUGAUGAUGUUCGAUCACGCAUUGAUCAAGUUGCUCCAAAUUUAACACGAAUCAAUACAAUUGAAGAAGCCAAUUAUUUUAAACAAAAUGCUGAUUUGUUACAGAAUCAUAAAACAUCGUUUACUGAUUCAGCACUAACACCUCCAAUUACCGAAUUAAAAGACUUUUAUAUGACAGAUCCCAUUAGUCGUGCAUCAUUAACAAUGGCUAAAUGUGUUAAAGCAGUUGAAGAACAAUUGAAAUCUCGGCACACAUAA